AUGUCGUCGCCUCCAACGGCUAAGGCUGGUGAAACCCAAGGCCCUAAGGUCAGCGCCCCCAGCAAGGCUGCAGCACUUGGAGGGGGCACCAGCCCUGCCACCACUGGUGGUGCUGGUGGCGGUGCUGGUGGCGGCGCUGGCGGCGCCGUUGGUGGUAUUGCUGCUGGUGGUGUCGCCAAGGCCAAGGCCCCCAGUGCCCCACCCACCUCUGCCGCUGCCGUGGUGGAGGAAGGCCGCAAGCCGAUGACCGCAGCGGAGCGUUUGUCCGGCACCGGUUCCGCAUUGGCCAAGGGCGUAGGCGCCAAGGCAGAGGCCGUAGCCAAGCCCAAGGCCAAGGCCAAGAUGGGAGCCAUGCCCAACCGACCUUUGCCACAGGAGACCAUGGGCACCGCCCCCCGACAGUUGCUGAACAUGGUGAGCGCCAAGCCAGCGCCAGCCACCCAAGGAGCCCAGGGCUACGCCACCAGCAGCGUGGGCCCUGCACGAGCCUAUGCGAAGACCGCAGCCGGCGCGGUGGGAGGAGAAGUGCCUAAGGCUGGGCCACCGGCCGUGGCCAUGGGGCGCGCCAUGGCAGAGGGAAGGCCUGCAGUGACCAUGGUGAAUGGCAAGCCCGUGACGACCAUCACCAAGAAGUACCAGCUGGUCUUUGUCACAGGUGAAGUGGCUCCAUUCUCCAAGACCGGUGGCUUGGGCGAGGCCAUGGAUGGCUUGCCGAUCGCCCUGGCUGCCCUGGGCCAUCGAUGCAUGGUGGUGUCGCCUCGCUAUGACCAGUAUGCGGAGGCCUGGGACACCGGCUAUUGGGGCCAUGUCAACAUGGGUGGCAAGUCAGAGUCUGUGCACUUCUUCCACACCUACAAGCAGAAGGUGGACUACGUCUUUGUGGAUCAUCCCACGUUCCUGGAACGUGUCUAUGGCCAGACGGGGUCCAAGCUCUAUGGUCCUGAAUGGGGCAAGGAUUUCGCUGACAACCAGGCUCGUUUCGCCUAUUUCUGCAAGGCGGCUUUGAAGGCGAUUCAGGAACUUCCCCUGGGUGGUGCCAUCUAUGGCAGCGACUGCAUGGUGGUCUGCAACGAUUGGCACAGCGCCCUGGUGCCCAUGCUGAUCCAUGCAGAGAAGACCACCACAGGAAAGUGGCAGAACACGAAGACUGCCUUCUUGUGCCACAACGCGGUGUUCCAGGGCCGCUUUGCCCGUGAGGAAGGUUUGGCCGGAAUUUUCGGGGUGCCCGAGCGCUACGUGGACAGCAUCACCUUUAAGAUGCCACUGCGCAUUGGCAAGUACAAUGAGAAGAUCACCUGUGUGAACACCAUGGCCGCUGGGUUGAAGUACUGCGACCGCGCGUUGACCGUGUCGCCGAGCUAUGCGGUGGAGUGCACCAUGGAUCCGGAGAAGGGCGUAGAGUUGGAAGGUCUCUUUAAGAUGGCGAAGUGCACAGGCAUCCUGAACGGUGUGAAGGAGGGCGUUUCUCCCAGCGAUAAGAACUUCGUGACGAAGACCAUGAUGACCUGUGGACCCUACAACUCCGCCAACUGUGACAUGGCCAAGACCGAGUUAAAGGCGGCCUAUCGCGCGCAGAACGGCCUCACUGGCUGCAGCGGCCCGUUGAUGUGCUUCAUUGGGCGCUUGGAUGCGCAGAAAGGCUACGAUCUGCUCCUGGAGUCCUUGGUGGAAGUGCUCGAGGACACGGAACUCCAAGUGGUGGUGGUGGGCGCAGGCCGUUCUGAUCUGGUAGCGCAAACCAAGGCUGUGGAGAAGAAAUAUCCCAACAAGUUCUUCUUCGCUGGUUGGAUGGGCCCUGAGCGUUACGCCCUGCUGGCAGCUUGCGACUACACCUUGUUGCCUUCCAGGUGGGAGCCUUGCGGCCUGGUCCAGAUGGAGGCUAUGCGCCUGGGAACGUUGCCCAUUGUGGCGCCCACCGGUGGCUUGAAAGACACCGUGGAGGAUGGCGUCAACGGGCUCUGGACGGAGAAGGAGAUGACGGUGGAAGCCAUCGUGGAUCAGGAGUCAGUGGAGUCCAUCAGCAAAUCCCUGCGCCGUGCCUCGCAGCUCUUCCAAUCGGAACCGCAGAAGGCGGGGGACGUCCGCGACGUCGCGGACGUCACGGUGGUGAAGAUGAAACAGGCCGCUAUGGCGGCAGCUGCGGAGUAUACCUGGAGCAAUGCGGCGCUGCAAUACGAGGCAGUUUUCAAGGAGGUGGGCGUGAAGGACGUGUUGAACGGUCGGGUGGAAACGGUGACGUUGGAAACGGACAAGCAGGAUCUGUUUGACGCUUGGCGCAAAGAGCCUUGCAACUUGGUGCCCGCGCUUCCAGCACCAAGUGUCGUGCCAGUGGCAAAGCCAGCUGAAGUGUCUGCCGCAGCAAAGUCUCGUGAUGAGGCACCGAAGGUUGAGGAGCAGAAGAAGACGGCUGCCACUACUCAGGGAGGAGCAACUGCGCCUGCUGCCCCAACCAGCAAGGCAGCGACAUUGACCGGGUCCGGUGGACAGGGUGUCAACACUCUGAGCCCGGCAAGCGCCGUCCCUGCAAGCACUGGCCCAGCCAGUGCUGGUGCAGCACCCAAAGCCAAGUCUGCACCGGUGCCCCCAAUGUCUGCGGCUGCUGUGGUGGAGGAAGGCAAGAAACCAGUCACUGCAGCUGAGCGUCUGGCAGGCACUGGCUCCGCCCUUGCCAAGGGUGUUGGUGCCAAAGCCGAGCCCCAGGCAAAGCCAAAGGCAAAGGCCAAGAUGUCAGCCAUUCCCAGCAGACCAUUGCCCACGGACACUAUGGGAUCUGCUCCCACCGCCGUCCUGAACAUGGUGAGUGGAAAGCCAGUGCCAGCAAGCCAAGUUGGAACCUCUGCCUAUGCCACCAGCACGGUCGGCCCUGCUCGGGCGUAUGCCAAGGCCGCUGCUGGGGCUGUUUCAGGAGAAGUCUCAAAGGCCGGCCCCCCUGCUGUUGCCAUGGGCCGCGCUAUGGCAGCUGGCCGCCCAGCCAUGUCUAUGGUGAAUGGCAAGCCAGUGACCACCAUCACCAAGAAGUACCAGCUGGUCUUUGUCACAGGUGAGGUGGCACCUUUCUCCAAGACUGGUGGUCUGGGAGAGGCUAUGGAUGGUCUGCCAAUUGCAUUGGCGGCUAUGGGCCAUCGCUGCAUGGUCAUUUCCCCUCGUUACGACCAGUAUGCGGAGGCCUGGGACACUGGCUACUGGGGCUCUGUGACCAUGGGUGGCAAGCAGGAAUCCGUGCACUUCUUCCACACCUACAAGCAGAAGGUGGACUAUGUCUUUGUGGAUCACCCCACCUUCCUCGAGCGUGUGAACGGUCAGACUGGCUCCAAGCUUUACGGUCCCGAGUGGGGCAAGGAUUUCGCUGACAACCAGGCGCGUUUUGCCUACUUUUGCAAGGCUGCUUUAAAGGCCAUCCAGGAGCUACGGAGGGUGGCCCGGAGAGAGCUGUCCCUGGGUGGUGCCAUCUAUGGCAGCGACUGCAUGGUGGUCUGCAACGACUGGCACAGCGCCCUGGUGCCCAUGCUGAUCCAUGCAGAGAAGACCACCACAGGCAAAUGGCAGAACACCAAGACCGCCUUCCUGUGCCACAACGCCGUGUUCCAGGGCCGUUUCCAGCGCGAGGAGCGGCCCGGAGGGCCCGGCUGCGGAGCUCGCGGGCUUGGCAGCCAGGAAGGUCUGGCUGGCAUCUUCGGCGUGCCGGAGCGGUACAUUGACAGCAUCACCUUCAAGACACUUGGGCGAAGUUUGAGCGAAGGGAGGAUGCCUCUGCGCAUCGGCAAGUACAAUGAGAAGCUUCAGAUCACCUGCGUGAACACCAUGGCGGCCGGCUUGCGCUACUGCGACCGGGCCUUGACCGUGUCGCCGUCCUAUGCGGUGGAGUGCUGCACGGAUCCGGAGAAGGGUGGCUUGGUUGAAGACCAGGAGCGGAAGUUCCAAAAAUGGCUAAAGAAUGCCAACCAGGAUAGCGUGGAGUUGGAGUCCCUGUUUACCUUGGGCAAGUGCACAGGCACAGCGUGCCCACCAGGCAUCUUGAACGGCGUCAAGGAAGGUGUGUCGCCGAGUGAUAAGAACUUCGUGACCAAGACCAUGAUGAGCUGCGGUCCUUACAACUCUACCACUUGUGACCUUAGCGAUGAAUGCGUAAGCGACAUCGCCAAGAGCGAGUUGAAGGCCUCCUAUCGCGCACAGAACGGCCUCAGCGGAUGCACUGGACCAUUGAUGUGCUUCAUCGGACGCCUGGACUCGCAGAAGGGCUACGACCUGCUGUUGGAGUCCUUGGUCGAGGUCCUGGAGGACACAGAGAUGCAAGUGGUGAUCGUUGGCGCUGGCCGCGCAGAUUUGGUGGCACAGACGAAGGCAGUUGAGAAGAAGUUCCCCGAGAAGUUCUUCUAUGCCGGUUGGAUGGGUCCUGAGCGUUACGCCCUGCUGGCGGGAUGCGACUUCACCCUGUUGCCUUCCAGGUGGGAGCCUUGCGGCCUGGUGCAGAUGGAGGCCAUGCGCCUGGGAACGCUGCCCAUUGUGGCGCCCACCGGUGGCUUGAAAGACACCGUGGAGGACGGCGUCAACGGUCUCUGGACAGAGAAGGAGAUGACCGUGGAGGCCGUCAUUGAGGAGUCCGUGAGCGCCAUCUCGGAGGCCCUGAAGCGAGCCGCCAAACUCUUCACCCAGGUGGUGAAGAUGAAGCAGGCCGCCAUGGCGGCAGCUGCCGAGUUCACCUGGAGCAACGCGGCGCUGCAGUACGAGCAGAUCUUCACAGAGCUGGGCGUGAAGGACGUCUUGAACGGCAAGACUGCCACUGUGACGCUGGAGACAGACAAACAGGCACCAAGUGUCGUGCCAGUGGCAAAGCCAGCUGAAGUGUCUGCCGCAGCAAAGUCUCGUGAUGAGGCACCGAAGGCUGAGGAGCAGAAGAAGACGGCUGCCACUACUCAGGGAGGAGCAACUGCGCCUGCUGCCCCAACCAGCAAGGCAGCGACAUUGACCGGGUCCGGUGGACAGGGUGUCAACACUCUGAGCCCGGCAAGCGCCGUCCCUGCAAGCACUGGCCCGGCCAGUGCUGGCGCAGCACCCAAAGCCAAGUCUGCACCGGUGCCUCCAAUGUCUGCGGCUGCUGUGGUGGAGGAAGGCAAGAAACCAGUCACUGCAGCUGAGCGUCUGGCAGGCACUGGCUCCGCCCUUGCCAAGGGUGUUGGUGCCAAAGCCGAGCCCCAGGCAAAGCCAAAGGCAAAGGCCAAGAUGUCAGCCAUUCCCAGCAGACCAUUGCCCACGGACACUAUGGGAUCUGCUCCCACCGCCGUCCUGAACAUGGUGAGUGGAAAGCCAGUGCCAGCAAGCCAAGUUGGAACCUCUGCCUAUGCCACCAGCACGGUCGGUCCUGCUCGGGCGUAUGCCAAGGCCGCUGCUGGGGCUGUUUCAGGAGAAGUCCCCAAGGCCGGCCCCCCUGCUGUUGCCAUGGGCCGUGCUAUGGCAGCUGGCCGCCCAGCCAUGUCUAUGGUGAAUGGCAAGCCAGUGACCACCAUCACCAAGAAGUACCAGCUUGUCUUUGUCACAGGUGAGGUGGCACCUUUCUCCAAGACUGGUGGUCUGGGAGAGGCUAUGGAUGGUCUGCCAAUUGCAUUGGCGGCUAUGGGCCAUCGCUGCAUGGUCAUUUCCCCUCGUUACGACCAGUAUGCGGAGGCCUGGGACACUGGCUACUGGGGCUCUGUGACCAUGGGUGGCAAGCAAGAAUCCGUGCACUUCUUCCACACCUACAAGCAGAAGGUGGACUAUGUCUUUGUGGAUCACCCCACCUUCCUCGAGCGUGUGAACGGUCAGACUGGCUCCAAGCUCUAUGGUCCCGAGUGGGGCAAGGAUUUCGCUGACAACCAGGCCCGUUUCGCGUACUUCUGCAAAGCUGCUUUAAAGGCGAUUCAGGAGCUGUCCCUGGGUGGUGCCAUCUAUGGCAGCGACUGCAUGGUGGUCUGCAAUGACUGGCACAGCGCCCUGGUGCCCAUGCUGAUCCAUGCGGAGAAGACUACCACAGGCAAGUGGCGGAACACGAAGACCGCCUUCCUGUGCCACAACGCCGUGUUCCAGGGCCGUUUCCAGCGUGAGGAGGGACUGGCUGGCAUCUUUGGCGUCCCUGAGCGUUACAUUGACAGCAUCACCUUCAAGAUGCCUUUGCGCAUUGGCAAGUACAACGAGAAGAUCACCUGCGUGAACACCAUGGCCGCCGGGCUGCGCUACUGCGACCGGGCGUUGACCGUGUCGCCGUCCUAUGCGGUGGAGUGCUGCACCGACCCGGAGAAGGGUGUUGAGUUGGAGUCUCUUUUCACCUUGGGCAAGUGCACAGGCAUUUUGAACGGCGUCAAGGAAGGUGUCUCUCCCAGCGACAAGAACUUUGUGACCAAAACCAUGAUGAGUUGCGGUCCCUAUAACUCCACCACUUGCGACAUUGCCAAGAGCGAGUUGAAGGCCUCCUAUCGCGCGCAGAACGGCCUCACCGGAUGCACUGGACCACUGAUGUGCUUCAUCGGGCGCCUGGACUCGCAGAAGGGCUAUGACCUGCUCUUGGAGUCCUUGGUGGAGGUGUUGGAGGACACAGAGAUGCAGGUGGUGAUCGUGGGGGCUGGACGAGCUGAUCUGGUGGCACAGACCAAGGCAGUUGAGAAGAAGUUCCCCGAGAAGUUCUUCUAUGCCGGCUGGAUGGGCCCAGAGCGUUACGCCCUGCUGGCGGGAUGCGACUUCACCCUCUUGCCUUCCAGGUGGGAGCCUUGCGGCCUGGUCCAGAUGGAGGCCAUGCGCCUGGGAACGCUGCCCAUUGUGGCGCCCACCGGUGGCUUGAAAGACACCGUGGAGGAUGGCGUCAACGGUCUCUGGACAGAGAAGGAGAUGACCGUGGAGGCAGUCAUUGAGGAGGAGUCGGUGAGUGCCAUCUCUCAAGCGCUGAAGCGAGCCACGAAACUCUUCACCGAGGAACCGGCCAAGGUGGUGAAGAUGAAGCAGGCCGCCAUGGCGGCGGCGGCCGAGUUCACCUGGAGCAACGCGGCGCUGCAGUACGAGCAGAUCUUCACGGAGCUGGGCGUGAAGGAUGUCUUGAACGGCAAGACGGCCACAGUGACACUUGAGACCGACAAGCAGGUCUGCUAG